AUGAGUCAAGCGCAAAAGACGGAUUCUACGCGCUGGCGCAUGCGAGACGAGGACGGAAAGCAUACGUGGCAUCACCUUGAUGACGACGAGGCCGUUGCCAAAUGGUCUCAGACACUAGUUGAUAAAUCAAUCGGUCGCGAAGAACUCUUUGCGUAUACCAAUGGCCGGUUCCUUGUUGACGAAAAGAACCAACUUGACCGACGAUAUGUGAAAUUCGACUUGGACGCGCUUUGCAGUACAGCCGCCGCUGUUGGUGGUCAAUUGUCUCAAAUCACGGCUAUUGAGAAGAUGGAAGGUGGGUUUAGCAAAGUUCUUCUAAUGCAAAAGGAGAAUGGGAUGGAACUCAUCGCCAAAAUUCCCUGUCGCAUUGCUGGGCCUGCAGUCUUGACCACAGAAUGCGAGGUUGGUGUGUUAGAAUUCCUCAGGAAACACACAGGUUUUCCUGUGCCCCGGGUACUAUCAUGGUCCUCAGACAGAUCAAAUGCCGUGGGAGCUCAGUAUAUCAUCAUGGAGAAAGCUUCAGGUGUCCAGCUUUAUGAGGUUUGGGGGAAAAUGUCAGAUUUUGACAAGCUCCAACUCAUCAGAAACCUGACAAAGCUGGAGGCGCAGCUGUCGGCUAUUCGAUUCCCUGCAUAUGGGGGACUAUAUCUCCAGAAAGAGACGAACAUUCUUAAAUCAAUACCUCUUGACAAGGAUAUUGAUCCAACAGGUUCUUUCUGCAUCGGUCCAUCUUGUGACCGCACAUACCAAACAGAGGAAAUUGGAUCUGAUGUCCCAAGAGGGUAUGAUAUUGGGCCCUGGAAUACAAUAUCAGCCUUGGGGAUAUCCAUCGCAAGAAGGGAGUUGUCUCGAAUCUCCACUGGGCAUCAUCCGAGCCAUGCACAUUUCUACAACGGAAGUGUUGAAGAACAAACCCACCUCCUAGAAACUACAAUACGCCUCAUGCUGCUUUGGGAUACCAAUAGCAUCCUUUCCCGGUCUUCUCAGCCAACUCUAUGGCACACAGAUCUACAUAUGGGAAAUAUUUACGUCUCACCCGAUGAACACUCACGGAUAGUAUCUUUCAUUGAUUUACAAGGAGUGCUGGUCUUACCGGCCUUCCUCCAAGCACGGUGGCCAGUGUUCUUGAAUCCUGCAAAGGAGGAUGAAUAUGUGAAAGGCCUUAUACAACCGAAGCUACCAGACAACUUUAAUCAAUUAGACGAGGGAGAAAAAAGGGCUGCAUCGAGCGAGUGGGAGCAAGAUAUGCGAGCCAAAGCUUACGAGGUCGCCACGUAUCUCGAGAAUAGACCGGCAUAUACAGCCAUGAUUGUGCCACGAGUUUUCCGAGAAUUGUUUAUCCGUUGUGGUGAGACCUCCGAGAUGGGGGUUCUCCCACUCCGUGAAUGUCUUAUAGAGAUAUUCCACAGCUGGUCGGACUUGGGUUUCACUGGGGAUUGCCCAUUCUCCUUUACAAAAGAAGAGAUUGAGACCCACCAGAGUCAAUUCGCUGAUUAUCAAGAUUGGCACCAAGUCCAGGCCAUUGCUCGGGAAUGUCUAGAGACUGAUGCGGAAGGCUGGAUAUCACCACAUCGGGAUUUCGAGUACAUACGAACCGCAAAUCAGCAAUUGCAGGGUAUGUACAUUCAGCAAAUGGCCGGCAAGAAAUCUCCGGAAGAAGCGAAGGCAAUUUGGCCUUUCCCAGUGUGA